AAAAAAAAGUUAGUUUGGGAACAGGUCUCUCUCUCUGCCCARCUCACAGGAAGCCUACUGUAGACCUAGUCUGAACAAAGCACGAGGUAGACUAGCCACAGARUCAUCGGACCAUCCCCCUGCGAACCCACAAACAGACCAGUCUGCGUUCUAGAAAACCCUCUCACUCAAGCAGCAGCAGUGGUACUGGCAGUACGAGCACGGCCCCACGGUUCCUCCUUCAGUCUCCACAGGCAAACUCCGUUUUCACACCGGCUGCCUACUCCAGGCAUGGCUGACGGCUGUACCCAGUCAUGGCACUGCGACAUUACACCCUCGACUUCAACCUCUCAGCGCCAGCUGACUGUCCUUCGACUGUGCGUGGGCUGCAGUCUAUAUUUCAAGAGCAGGAAAUGACAGAGACUGUCCAUGACACUGAGGGACAUGGAUACCUUGCUACCUUCAUUGGCAAGAAUGGCAGGUUGGUUAUUCUGCGUGUGCACUCCCAAGGUCUGGUUACCGUUGAUCUGCAGUGUUGUGAAGGAGAUAACAUUGCACAAGUAGAUAAUCUUUUGAAUGCACUGGAAAAGAAGCUAAAAAGUCUCCUACAUGGAAACAUUAGGAGGGUCAAGAGGCUCCCAGCUCUGACACGAGGUGCAGCUGUUGAUCGAUACUGGCCCACAGCCGAUGGCAGACUGGUGGAGUAUGACAUUGAUCGGGUUGUAUACGAUGAGGACUCUGCAUACCAGAACAUAAAGAUCUUGCACUCACAGCAGUUUGGCAAUAUCCUGAUUCUCAAUGGGGAUGUUAAUCUGUCAGAGAGUGACCUGCCCUACACCCAGGCCAUCAUGGGCAGAGGGAAAGAGAACUAUGCAGGGAAGGAGGUGCUGAUCUUAGGAGGYGGUGAUGGAGGAAUCCUCGCUGAGGCCGUCAAACUCAAGCCAAAGAUGAUCACCAUGGUGGAGAUCGACCAAAUGGUGAUUGAUGGGUGCAGGACGCACAUGAGGAAGGCAUGUGGGAGUGUUCUGGACAACCUGAAGGGAGACUGUUACCAGGUGUUGGUAGAAGACUGUGUUCCGGUUCUGAAAAAGUAUGUUGAGGAAGGGAAGACGUUUGAUUACGUCAUCAAUGACCUCACAGCAGUUCCUAUCUCCACAGCGCCAGAGGAGGACUCUACAUGGGAGUUCCUACAGCUUAUCUUGGAUCUUUCAAUCAAAGUACUGCGUCCUACUGGGAAGUACUUCACACAGGGAAACUGUGCAAAUCUGACURAGGCACUGGCUCUCUAUGAGGAACAGCUUGGAAGGCUCUCAUGUCCUGUGGACUUUUCCAAGGAGGUGGUGUGUGUGCCCUCUUAUAUGGAACUGUGGGUUUUCUACACCGUCUGGAAGAAGUAAAGAGCUCCCUCUCUCCCCUUCAAGCCCUGCCUGCCGGAAUGUGAAAACUGUCCCCCAACCCAUGAUCCGCUAUCGCACUGAGGGGAGAUAUGACCCCCCCCCC